AUUACCUCUACGAAACCAUGAGGCGAGUCUUCGUGGGCCGUCGUCGUGGAAAAAUGUUUAGACGACAAUACUUUUGGAAUCUUCGCCACCGCUCACCCGCUCAAAACUAAACCAAACCCCAAGACAAGUACUUGCCAACGAACAAAAAGAGCCUCGAUAUUGUCGUCCCAGACAGUACGUUAAAUGCCCCUCCAUUGACAACAACGCUUACAUACACACUCUUCCUUCUCUUUCUUCUUCUUCUCGGUUUCUUCGUUUCGAUCUUCGACAAUGGUGGCCGUAGCUUUCUCUAACUCCCUUCUCUUUCCUUCUCCCACUUCGGAGUCGUCUUUCUCUCGCCGCCUAACCUUUCAAUCUCCCUCACGACUGUCUCUCGGCAACCCCAGAUCUCAAUCUUCGCUCACCCAUUUGGAAACGAAGGGAAAUUCUUCUCUCGAGACUGCUCCUUGUUCCCUUCUCGAUGUUGCGAAAGAAUCGUCUGAAGAAACUACUCUUCCUAUUGAAUUGAGAUAUGAAGCAUUUCCUACCGUGUUGGACAUAAACCAGAUUCGUAAUAUUUUGCCACACAGGUUUCCAUUUCUUUUAGUGGAUAGAGUGAUUGAAUACAAUCCAGGAGUUUCAGCUGUUGCAAUCAAGAAUGUAACAAUUAACGAUAACUUUUUUCCUGGGCAUUUUCCCGAGAGGCCCAUCAUGCCUGGUGUUCUCAUGGUUGAGGCGAUGGCACAAGUUGGUGGUUUGGUUAUGCUGCAGCCCGAAGAGGGAGGCUCUCAAGAGAUCUUCUUUUUCGCUGGAAUCGACAAAGUGAGAUUCCGGAAACCAGUGAUUGCCGGUGACACGUUAGUUAUGAGAAUGACGCUUAUCAAGUUUCAAAGACGCUUUGGAAUAGCGAAAAUGGAAGGGAAGGCAUACGUCGGAGGGGAGCUUGUAUGUCAGGGCGAGUUUUUGCUGGCUACAGCUGGCGAAUCAAAUUGAAUUUUGUUCUUAAUAUGUUGCUGCUAGUGCUUAAUUCUGCUAAUAUGCAUUCCGAUUGCUCAUUUCUUCUUCCUUUUUCCUUUCUAUUGUAAGACUUGCGACAAUCUUAGAGUUGGUUAGUGCUUUUUU